CUUUCUGAUUUGUGCCAAACUUUCUAAAUAUAGGAUGUCCAUUACCGCAAGAACGCUGUAACAAGACCAAGUUUCUAAAUAUUAUUAAAGGAUUACAAUGAUGCUUUGACUGAUAGGACUUCCAACAGAAGGGACGAUGUUUUACUGGAUAUUUACUCUAUUAAUUUACAGAAUAACAUACGUGUCCAAAUCACUUGCAACCGACAUCCAUAGAAAUAUUACGAUCACGGAAGGAGAUUUGGCCAUUUUACCAUGUGAAGCACACGACGAAGGAAAUAAAUACCAGGUAGUAUGGAUGAAUCCAAAAAAGAUAUUGAUAGGUAAAAAUCAGAGGCGAUUUAUGGAUGAUCCGAGAAUAUCAAUCGAACACACCUACAUCGGGUACUGGAAUCUUCAUAUCAGACAAAUCAAAUACGAAGACAGAGGGGAAUAUACGUGUACAGUAAACACUAGUCCCGUACGAAUAACAAGGAUAAACCUCAUGGUAUACGUUCCCGCCCGGAUUUUAGAAUACGCCUCCAGUAAGGACCGAAGCGUCAGGGAGGGUCAAGACGUCACGUUAUGGUGCAAUGCAACAGGGAUACCAGAACCUAAUAUCACAUGGUUCCGAAUUCAUCAAACUAUUCCUCAAUCUAGAAUACGAGUGGGAGACAUGGGAGACACGCUGAUCAUUAAGAAUAUUUCACGACAUUGUGGUGGAGAGUACGAGUGUAUGGCAGACAACGGAGUAAAGGCGGCGGUACAACACACCAUCAAAGUGGACGUACAUUUUCCUCCGGAGGUGAGUCUUAUUAACUAUAGACAGUCCCAGAGAGUAGGAAGGGAGACAAUACUACAGUGUAACGUGUCAGCAUCGCCUCUGGGCGUGAAUGUCUGGAAAUUUGGAGAUCGCGAAUUUGACCAGCAGAGUGGACGGAAUUACCGAACAGAAAUGUACAGGGAAGACAAGAUGAGAGUCACUCUAUCACUGAGAAUUUUAAAUAUUGGUGAAGAGGAUUAUGGGAAAUAUACGUGUGAAGCGCACAAUAAAUAUGGAAGAAGCGAGAGAUCAAUGUAUCUGGACGUGUUAAUGGACCCGACCCCCAAACCUAGAUCAAAUAGCCUUACUACAACUACACAGGUCCUUACAUAUUCAGACUCAGCUAAACGAACUCACCCAGAAACAGUGUCACAAGUCAGGGAAGAAACUAAUGGUGACACGAAAGUAUUCGACUUCCGAAAUUUUGGCACACAAAAAGGAUUGAGAUCACGAGAUGAUAGAAGUGGUCAAGAUUCCCUACAAGCUGUGCUCUGGACAGAAGUAUUCAUCAUUUCAUUGGGAAAAGUCUUGUCGAUGUGGAGAGGAAUAUAUUAAAGAACGGCCUUUGUGACAUACAUAAAAAUCAAAGUAAAAAGCCAAAAGUAAUUUUAUAUUAAAUGGAUUUACUGAAGUAUGUGAUCUGUAAAAGGGUUUAUUUUCUACUGGCAAAGUAAUCAACGAAUACAACAAUUUGUUUUGGAAGUGGACCCAACUGUAAUAAGUGCUGACUAUUUUCCAACAAAGUAUCAAUGUAUUGUGGAAUAUUCUGGAAGGUGAUGCAUACUUACAAAGUAUGUUGUUUCAGAUUUUGGACAAAAUGGAACGGAAUUUACCGCUGAAAUCUUGCUGAAUGUCAUUUACAUUUAGUUUUUCUAUGACAUUGCUAUUGUGCAGCCCAAUGUCAGAAUGAAUCUUGUUGAAUCAUUGGAAUUUCUCAUCGUCAGUGAUUAAUAGCGUGUGCUCGAAGUGACUACCUUUUGCUAAUGUAAUGCAUUCCAAUUAACUGUUAUAAUAUAUAUUAGUAUAUAUUCAUUGCUUGAUAUCCCAUUAUGUGAGUAGUAUUCUAUAUAUCAAAUUUAUAGUAAGAAUGGCUUGCAUUUUUGACAAGCUAUUGGAGUCCCAUUGUCCUACAAACAUCCCAGCCUCAAGUGAAACACAUGAUUAUCUACCAUAAUUUAUAUGCGUUCAUAUCACGUUCAUAAUUAAUCUUAAAUAAUACGAGUGCUACUUAGUAUAUUAAGAUUGUAGAUUAAUGAAAGAUUAAUUUCAAAAACACAUUGCUUUUUUUAUGAAGAAGAUGAUGAUAUGAUUAUUAAAAAAUUGAUGUAUAUUCUAAAUACAGUUUUAACAUAUUAAAAGAAUAUGUGUACAAAUCGAAAAAAAAAAAAAAACCCAACAAUUUAACGUUAACAUAGGAUUCAUCUAAAAUGGCGGUCGAUACGCCAUAUGAAGUCGUCGUACAUAUGUUUUAUGUAUUGCAAAGUCAAAAUUUAAUUCCUUGCAGCAUUAUUAUAUUAAGUAUGUUUGUUUUGUUUAUUUUCCUGUAUUACAAUAUCAAUUAAUAUUAUCUUUUGUAAACCAUUUACGAAUGUGUAUAACUGUUUUGUACAUUUACAUAUAUAAUGUUUGUUUGUUAAUAAGAGGAGUAAAUGUUCCUGUAUGAGAAAUUUGUGGUUGAUAUUAAAGCAACAAUUAGAAAA